AUGAUCUCUGCGCUACCUCUUACCCUCAUCUCUCUGGUCCUGGCGGUUGUAGCUCUUCGGUCAAGACAAGGAGCAGACUGCUCAGCACUCGCUUCUCCGAGUUCGCGAGCAGGCCUGGUAUGGCUACUGUUACUGGCGAAUACAGCGCUCGCCGCACGCGUUGAACGCGUCGAAAAACGGAGCACGCCCACACAGACGUUCCCUAACGGGACCAACUAUGUCUGGACGGUACAGGACACCUACGAAGGCUCGACGUUCUUCGAUACGUUUGAAUUCUACACCGGCGAAGACCCGACGCACUACACGGACCGGAACACGGCGUUUGCGGACGGUCUGGCCUACGUCGAGUCGGACGGUAUCGUCGUCAUGAAGGGCGACAAUACGACAACGCUGUCAAAUGGGCAGUACAGGAACAGCGUCCGAAUCUCGAGUCAAAAGCAGUAUAACACCGGCCUGUUCAUUCUUGACCUCGACAUGGCCCCAUGGGGCUGUGGCGUCUGGCCCGCGUGGUGGACGGUGGGCGGGGGCACCUGGCCCUGGACCGGGGAGAUCGACAUCAUCGAGGGCGUGCACGAUAAUCAACACAACCAGGUUACGUGGCACACCGGUCCGAACUGCAACAUGACGCAGAACGCGAACUUCACGGGGACGAUCGUCCCAAACCUUGUCUGCAACUGCGUCGACAAUUUCAACAGUAAUGCGGGAUGCGGGGUCACUGAGUGGAGCCGCGCAUCGUACGGGCCCAUCUUCGACGAGCAGAGUGGCGGCGUGUUCGCCAUGAAGUGGGACGUGUCCGGGAUCGGUGUCUGGUCGUUCUACCGCGCGGCGGUCCCGCAGGACGUGACGAACGGGCAGCCGACGCCGUCGACGUGGGGCGAGCCCGUCGCGUUUUUGGAGGCCGGCGCAUGCGACCCUCUCACAAACUUCAUCAACCACUCGAUAAUCUUCGACAUAACGUUUUGCGGCGACUGGGCGGGCAACGAUUACACCACGUCGGGUUGUCCGGGGACGUGCGCGGAACGAUUGAUGGAGCCCAGCAACUUCGACAACGCUUCGUGGCGGAUCAGGAGCCUGACAGUAUACAGGCAACAGGUCAUCCACGGCCAAGUCGCUUCCGACGCUGCUCGUCCAAUGUUCCCAGUGGUUCCGAUGCUCGGGGUGAUGGGCGUCCUAUUCGGAGUUUUGCUGUAGACUGGUGCCGGAUGCCGCUGAGGAAGGGUUGGACCGAUAUCAAGUGCCAGCAUUCAUGACAUUGCACGACAAUAUAAAGAUACACGAAUGCUACAAAAACCACGACUUACGAACUGUGCUGAUGUAUUUAUCACGAACGGUGUAG